CACAGAGUGACAUACGGAUGAUACAUGGCCGAAAUGCUCGCGUCCAACGUGAACGCGCCCGUCACCGGUGCAGGUGAUGGCGGUGCAGGCGUUCCUGCAGGGCGGCGUCCUCUUUCUCAUGGCGAUGACCAACGAGGUGUUCCUGCUGGCCCCGGUAGGCUUCGGCCUGGGCGGCAUCAGCAGCGCGCUCGACCUGCUGCCAGUGCCGGUGCUGCAGCGCUACAGCGAACCGGACGCCGUGGAACGCCAGCUGGGAAUAUGCCGGGCCGCCUCGGGCAUCGGAUGCCUGCUCGGACCGGUGUUUGUCAUGGUGUUCCUGGACGGCGAGACGCAGUCCUACGCGAUCGUCUUCAUCUUGUCCGGGCUCUUCUCAAUUAUUGCCGGCACCCUCUGGCUCCCUGGUCUCAAGAAGGAGAUGGACGAGGCCAGAGACAGGAUGACCCUCCCGCCGUCUGCAUACCCAAGAAACGAACCACCAGCUGUUGAACCAGCAGCGGCUGAACCAGGCGCUGCUGAACCAGGAGCGCCCGAACUAUCACCGCCGCUGCCCGGAGCGCUCGCACCGGCCGCGGGCGAACCGGUUCCGGGAGGACUUUUUGCCGUGCCCGACGCGGCAGAACCAGGCGCUUAA